CGGGUUGUUUUGAUUGCCGGGCGGUGAAUCCUCCAGAGUUGCCUCCUGCUGAAGGGACCAUGGAAGUUCUCGUUUGAUCGAACACAGACGAGCAGGGGCCCCCACCCAGGACGAAUUCUUCCGAGAGACGGGUCGCGGAGCGCUUAUCCUGAGAGACCACCCUCCAGUCGGCCGAAGGAGGGAUUUCGAACUCCUCGGAUUCAUCGAACACGCGACGAGGACGCCACAAUGAUGAAGGUUCAGGCCGACUGUGAGAUCUCCUUCGAGCAGGUGGUGCUUUUGGUCAGGCAUGUGUGCCGGAUUUCAGGCUCCGUCACCCAGAAAACCUUCCAUGAGUAUUUUCCCCAUCUCGAGGACGAGACCAUCGAACGCAUCCUGGAGAUUUUGCUCGAAACCCGUCACAUUCAGAAAGGCGAGAAAGGAAAAUAUACGUUCGUAGACAUCGAGGAGAGCGUAGAAACCGGAGAUUUGGACAAAGAGCUCGAAGUCCUAUCCAAACUCAAACAGAUCUAUGUCGAAGGCUUGGCUGGGAAAGUCUGUCCCCCCGAGUGCAGCAUCACGCCCGCUCGAGACCCGGGGGCCAGACCGAGAAGCACUUCUUCGGCGUCGACAUUCGAGUCGAACGGAUUCGGGUCCCUCAGAAGAUCCCAGGAAGCUCAAUUACAGAGACGAAUUUCGUUCACCAGUCGUGCGAAGAACACGCAACGCUUCACGAGAGGUGCGCGGAAAUCUUCUCUGAACGAUUUGUCGAUGCUAAGUGACGAUUCCGGAUACCAUUUUUCCCCUGACCAUGGUAAGCCUGGAAACAAAGAAUUGAUGGAAAUCAAAACCAUGGCCAGAUGCCCCGAUUUCGCUGGGCGAGGGAAUAGCUCGGAAGGCGAGUUCGAGAGCAGAGCGAGGAGCCCUCCGCCAGAACUCAAUCAGACCUUCUCCCCACGGAGAGAAACGGCUUUUUACCGUGCUCUCGGCGCAAAUCCACAAGAUCUCGAUUCGAGUCGCUGUGAAGACCCCUCUUCUGACGAAGACGGCAUAGCUCCAUACGAUCUCUCGUCAUGUCUCGCCGCUCUUGAGCUCGAAUCUAUUGAAGAGAGGCAACCGCCACCUCGGAGAGAAGCGGAGCUCUCCGCGGGAUCCACGUCGACGCAAGGAGAUACCGAGCCGAAGAUCGAGGCCGCGGAUUCCGGAGCGUGUAGAUCAAAUGCGAAUCCCAUUCCGAAAGAAUCAUCGCCCAUUCCCUUAAACAGCAAGUCAAUGCAAGGGAAGCCAUCGGGCGCCUCAGGAAAAUCAGCAAAUCUCCAGGUGCACUUCGACGAAAGCUCCCGCUCUGCUGUGCCUCGCGUUCGCGAUGCAUUCCAUUGGACCAAGCCAGAUACCGAGCGAGAAUUGGAAGAUCCAUGCGAAGCCCUUGAAGCAUAUUGUUCGUCUCAUGCUUUAAAACCGCCGGCCUAUUCGCUGACAUAUAUGCCGCUCGAAGAAGUGUACUAUUGCAUGGUUUUUGUCGGGAGGUCAAGUUUCUUAUCGUAUCCGAUAAGCUCGAAAACCGAGAAAAGAGCUCGAGAGGUGGCUGCCGAAAAAGCCGUCAGGAAACUCGGUGUCACUGCUCAGAUGGUUGCCGACGGAAUAAUAUCGGAGCCACGGAAUGAAAAGUGAUUGAAUCACCUAGAUAUGAUCGAGUCGAUGCGCGAAUUCCGUGAAUUGGUCUUCAAAAGUUGGUUUUCUUCGGGAAUCUCAUAAGAGCCUGUCAUAUUCCUUCGAGGCUCCGCGAUCGAAGAAGCGUACCGCCUGUAGAGCUUACCACGCUCCUCUCGAGAUCGCUUCGCCGUUGAGGGAAUGGAGUGAACGUCGGAACAGAUACUCGCACCUUUGAUCGUGAUCGACAAAUAUGUGGAUAUUUUUAAAUGCGAAACUUUUAUCAAUUGAGUAACUUAAGGAUUGAUUGGAAACAUUUUUCGGCGGAGCUCGAUCGGACGCGCUCGAAAUAAACUUGCUGAAGUGGAA